GGCCAUUUUGAAUAAGAACGUGUGAACGAAGCAUAUAGUCACAAUGACAUUAGUAUUAUUGUUUUGAAGUUGAGGUACUUGAGGAUUACUGUUCUCAUCCUGUAGAAAUGGUUAUUUAUGGAGUUUAUAUUGUAUCAAAGUCAGGUGGAUUGAUAUUUAAUUAUGACCACAACGUUCCUAAGAUUGAAACGGAAAAGACAUUUUCAUUUCCUUUAGAUGUUAAACUUCGUUACGAAAACAAAAAGAUAACAGUUGAGUUUGGUCAAAGAGAUGGAAUUAAAGUGGGUCAUGUACUUUAUGAGGUAAAUGGAAUACCAGUCACAGGAAGGCAAUUGGACGAUGGAAGAGAUGCCUUUGAAGUGAUUGAAAAUGAAAACAAUUAUCCAUUAAAUCUUAAGUUUGGAAGACCAAAAAUGACUACAAAUGAAAAAAUAUUUUUAGCUAGUAUGUUUUAUCCUCUCUUUGCAAUUGCUAGUCAAUUAAGUCCAGAACCAAAAUCAUCUGGGAUAGAAGUAUUAGAAGCUGAUACAUUUAAGUUACACUGUUUUCAAACAUUAACUGGUGUUAAAAUGAUGGUUGUUGCUGAACCUACUCAAGCAGGAAUGGAUAUACUAUUAAAGCGAAUUUAUGAACUUUAUGCGGAUUAUGCAUUGAAAAAUCCAUUUUAUUCAUUAGAAAUGCCAAUUAGAUGUGAAUUGUUUGAUAUUAAUGUUAAGAUUGUUUUAGAACAAAUAGAAAAGUCUGGAAUUUCUAAUAUGUAACUAUUUUGUAAAUACUUAUGUAGGUAUAUUUU